CAAUUCAUGGUAGAGUAUGUAGCUGAGUGAAAAAGUGCUUUUCAAAAUUGUAAUUUGUUGUUGCGUGUGAACAUUCUCAAAGCUUGCUUGUUUUGUUUUGGCGAAAAAUAUAUAUGAACAUAUAUUUUUUUUGUUUCCGUCCAGUUGUUGCACGGGGGACUUUUGAUAGCGACGGACACCGGGAGGCGCACAUGUUUGCCGGCAAAAAGUAAGGAAGAAGUCGUCUCUCGACGCUAACUGUGUUUUGAGGCUUUUAAUUUCGCCUUGUACCGAUGGUGAACUUAGUUAGAGCUAUUGUUGUGAUGUUUGAGGCCUCGUUUGUUAAGUUUGGUUGGAGGGAAAUCUGACUUUGUCAAACUUUGUGAAGUUAACGUUCUCCUUCCUCUUUGUCACGUGGUUUUGUCGCCGGAAGCAGAGACUGCUGACUUGUGUGCGUCAAUUGACUGUCCUCCUUGCCACUUUUGUUCCAUUCAUAGGAAAAAUAAAUUUGCAGAAGUGGAGUGUUGAAGUUUUUCGUCAAAGCAAAUCAUUCAGAGCGUGCUACACCCCGUCCCCUGGCAUGUGUGAUUUCAUUGGCUGUUACAAGACGGUCAACAUGUUUGCUCGCUCCCUUGUUGGAAGAAUUAUUUUCUUUACUUGCUUAUGCGGGUUAAUCGCCAAGGGAGUGUCAGGAUGCCGACCAGUGUCAGUCGACUGCGAAGACAUUAAGACAAAGGACGGCUUCAAGUACGACUUUGAUUGUAAUUGUGGAUUGGGCACCACAUGCGAAAUAGAAGUAAAGAAUGAGACGGAAUACCUCAUCGGGUACGCGAAUUGCAGCCAACAGGACUGCAGGCUGCUUGGCAGAGACGAAGAGGUUGUUGUUGGAAUCGACCGUAACAACACUGUGCUCACAACUUGCCUGAGCAUACAAGUCGACUGCGUGGAUGCCAACCUCUGUUUGAACUACACAGCUGUUGGUAAUGACAUUAGUGACCCAGGGAUCAACACAAAGAUCAGCUCGACAGCCAUCGCAGGCAUUGACAUUAGUGAACCAGGGAACAACACAAAGAUCAGCUCGACAGACAUCGCAGUCAUUGCGGUGUCCGUGGUGAUGACCGUGGGGGUGUUGUUGUUGUUGGUGGUGGUGUUGGGGUGCCUUUAUCGCAAAUGGAAGAAAGCCAGGUGACAUGAGGCUCUUUAAAUUUCUCCUCCCACUUUACUGUCAAGAUGUUUUCUAGUAAUGUGUUUUUUCUGUAUGGCAGAACGAGUGAUGCAACAUUUCCUGAAU